AUGGCGUCUGAGUCGGGGUGCGAGGGGGGACUAAAUCCACGGGAGGGCGAGACCCGGGCUCGAAAGGGGGGCGUGGCUCCGCCGCGGGGGCGUGGCCCGGGCGAAGGCGGGAACGCGCGCGGGCCCGGGCUGCCAAAACAAAGGGCCGCGCAGGGGCGGCGCGGUGCCACGGGCCGGGGCGCGGGCUUCCCCGCGUCCGCCUGCGGGACGAUGGCGGGCAGCCCCGCGGCGCUGGUGGCGGCGAGCCCGACCCGAAGCGCGAGCCCUUCCCCGCCGGACCUGGCGCUGUCGCGGGCGCCCCCGAAGCCGAGCCCCAGCCCGACCCUGGGCCCCGAGGCGCGGGAGCUGGCGGCGCGGCUGCGGGCGCCGCUGGAGCUGCUGUCGGGGCGCGAGCUGCGGGCGUUCCGGGGGCAGCUGCGCGAGGCCGAGGAGCCGCGCGUGAGCCCGCUGCGCCUGGAGCUGGAGGGCGGCAGCGCGGCGGGGCUGGCGGCGCUGCUGGCCACGCACUACUACCUGCCCGCCGCGCCCCGCGUCGUCGCCAGCCUGCUGCAGCGCCUGGGCCGCGCCGACCUGCUGGCCCGCUGGACCGGGGACCCCGCGGGCGGCGGCGAGCGCGCGGUGACUCCAAGAAAGAUUCUAAAGAGAAAUCAUGACUGUGUUGAGGAUGACCUGGACUGUUACGACCUGAGUGGCAAACGGCAGGCCUUCCUCAUGUGUGUGAAGAAACACAGGCCAGGAGCGCACCAGGACGUCCAGCUGGUGAGGGAGUGGCUGGGCCAGUGCCAGUUCGAGUACACAGCCUGCAUCGAUCCCGACAAAAUGGAGUUCCUUGAAAAAAUAACAUUAUUUCGGGAUGAGCUCAAUGAAAUGAAAGAUGAGAUUGGCUGCUGCAUUGUGACUCUCAUGUCCCACGGCGAGAAAGGCUUUAUUAAAAUGAAAGAUGGUGAGAAAGUGAGCCUGGAAAAAAUCUUUGAAAUGUUCAACAAUAAAAACUGUCCGGCCCUUCAGAGGAAGCCCAAGAUCUUCAUCGUCCAGGCGUGCAGGGGAGAGAAGAUAGAUUAUGGUGUCGAGACGGAUGAUGAGCCUAUGGACUCCGACAAUAUCAAAGAGAAGUGCCGGCUGCCCACGUUCAGCGAUUAUUUCAUCAUCUACCCGACCCAGCCAAAUCACGUGGCUCUACGGCACCCCUCUACUGGCUCGGUGAUGAUCGAGGCAAUGGUUGAAGUCUUCAAAGAAUAUGGAAAUCGGUGGCACAUUGUGGACUUUUUUACCAGAGUGAAUAACAGAGUGGUGCAGAGGGAAUUCCGUCUACGUGAGGAACCAGUAAAAAUAACACUCGUAAUGGAAUCAACUUUAACUAAAUCUGUGUACUUUUGACAUCAGGAAGAUUCGGACAAUAAGGACU